AUGCCGCCUUCUGCAUUUGAGGCGAUGGCGGCAAAUGCGGAGGCGCAGGGCGACGACGUGAACAUGCACGUCAUGACAUACGACCAGCGCUGCCACGGCCGCUCCACCUUUGUCGGCGGCGAAGAUCAUCUAUCGAUCGAGGUGCUGAUGCGCGACUUUUUGGACGUGCUCCAGUAUGCCAAGACUGAACUGUACCCCACCAGCAACGUCUACGUUCUCGGUCAUUCGCUCGGCGGCGCCGUCGUGGCGCGUGCAAUGAGCGGAAACAAGUCAGCCCUUGAGCGCGUUUCGGGUGUGCUCCUUGUAGACGUGGUCGAGGGAACAGCGCAGCUUUCGUUGCAGCACAUGAAAUCGUUUCUCAAGAAUCGCCCCAAUACGUUUCCCGAGGUGAGGGACGCCGAGGUCUGGUUCCUGCGCAUGGGUGGCAUGCAGAACCCGCAAGGCGCCAAAGUUUCUGUACCGCCGCUUUUGCAGCAAAACGACGAAACGGGUCUGUGGCAGUGGCGGACGGACAUCCGAAAGAUGGAGAGCGUCUGGGACGGGUGGUUCGCCGGCCUCGAUGAGGCGUUCAUUUCGCUGCCGUGCGCCAAGAUGCUGUGCACGGCGAACGCGGAACGGCUAGACAAGACACUCACAGUUGCGCAGAUGCAGGGCAAGUUCCAGUUCGAGGUGAUUGGCAACGGGUGCGGCCACUACGUCAUGGACGACGCGACGCCGACAGUCGUCGCCAAGGUGCGGCGCUUCGUGAAGCGCAACGAGGUGCUGGCGCAGAAGCUGCGGCUCGUGAACCAGAACCUCUCUGGCCAGAUGAACAAUACGACGGUUCCGCCAAAACGCAUGUAG